UCCCUCACACAAGAGGAGAGCGGGGGAUGAAAAGGGCCUCUCACAUCAGCCGUCAGCAUCCACCGAGGAGCAUGGCAUCAGGAGAGGUGGCUGGCCACCCUGGCAGCCGGCACAGCGCACCUCAGGGCAGCCGAUCCCCAGCACUGCACCCUGGUCCCUGCUCAGACUGAAUGGGAAGAGCGGCUGCCGAGCGCCUCAGCGAUCAUUACCUCGGAACAAUUGGAGGAACCUGAGGCAGACCUGGCCACCAUGUCUGUGGCCACCACAAUGCUCUGAUCUCAUCACACCCUGGGGACACACAUCAUGGGGAGCUGCUGACAAGCCAGCCUCCAGUGUACCUUACAUGUGCCAAAUGCGCAGCUGCAGUAGCCAAACACUCUGACCAGUCUGUAGCGAACCCCUGGAGACAUGGAUGGAGAUGCUGAGGUGGACAGACUGGAGCCCAGUGAGGAGGAGAAGAGCAAAGAGCAUAUGGAGCCUGACAGGGGCACCCUGGGCAUGGUGGAGCAGAUGAACCUGUCCUCUCCAUCCCAUACACCUUCAGAGGAGGAAACUACCCCAGAGCUGGUGCUCAAGCAACAUGGGGUCAAGAGGCACCACCACAAACAUAACCUGAAGCACAGGUACGAGCUACUGGAGACCCUGGGCAAAGGCACCUAUGGCAAAGUCAAGAGGGCCAUAGAGAGGUUUUCUGGCAGAGUGGUUGCCAUAAAAUCUAUCCGUAAGGACAAAAUAAGAGAUGAGCAAGAUAUGGUACACAUCAGACGAGAGAUUGAAAUAAUGUCAUCACUCAGCCAUCCGCAUAUCAUAAGUAUAUAUGAAGUUUUUGAGAAUAAAGAUAAGAUAGUGAUCAUCAUGGAAUAUGCAAGCAAAGGCGAACUGUAUGAUUACAUCAGCGAGAGGAGAAGACUGAGCGAAAGGGAAACGAGGCAUUUCUUUCGUCAGAUCGUUUCUGCUGUGCACUACUGUCAUAAGAAUGGUGUUGUACACAGGGAUCUCAAGCUGGAGAACAUCCUUCUGGAUGAAAAUGGUAACAUAAAGAUUGCAGAUUUUGGUCUGUCAAAUCUCUACCAAAAAGACAAAUUUUUGCAAACAUUUUGUGGUAGUCCUCUUUAUGCAUCCCCAGAAAUUGUAAAUGGAAAGCCCUAUCGAGGUCCCGAGGUUGAUAGUUGGGCACUUGGAGUACUUCUCUAUACUCUGGUUUAUGGCACCAUGCCAUUUGAUGGUUUUGACCACAAAAACCUAAUUCGACAAAUAAGCAGUGGCGAAUAUAGAGAGCCAACCCAACCCUCAGAUGCCCGUGGACUAAUCAGGUGGAUGUUAAUGGUUAAUCCAGAGCGUCGAGCAACCAUCGAGGAUAUUGCAAACCACUGGUGGGUUAACUGGAGCUACAAGACUAGUGUGUGUGACUGUGAUGUCUUAAAGGAUUCAGAAUCUCCAUUGCUUGCCAGGUUCAUUGACUGGCAUCAUCGCUCCACCAGCCGGCAGAUGGAAUCAGAAAACAAAAUCAAGUGCCUUUCAAAGCCAUCUGAAGCAUCUGUUGAUCGACAGAGGUCUUUGAAGAAAUCCAAAAAGGACAAUGACAUUGCACAGGCUUUACAAGAAGAAACAAGCAUAUCAAAGAGGCCCAAGAGUAUCUUGAAAAAGAGGAGUAACAGUGAGCACCGUUGCCACAGUGCUAACUACAUAGAAGGGGUCAUCAGCCCAGUAUUGUCUCCUACGUGUAAACCUGACACUGAGAAAGUGCUCACGAAUACAUGUUCUACCAGUACAAGGGAGCUUGAGAAACCAAUAUUAUAUAGCUCAAAGCAGUGUACGCCAAUGCCAAAGAAAGGCAUUUUAAAAAAGACUCAGCAGAGGGAGUCUGGCUACUAUUCAUCACCAGAAAGAAGUGAAUCUUCAGAGCUAUUGGACAAUGAUGGAACAGAGAGCAACGAGAUGCCUCAAGUUAUUAAUGAAACAAAACGAACAGUUUCUCACAGCCUAUCAUACAGGCGGAAAGGAAUCUUAAAGUACAUCAGUAAAUAUUCCAAUAGUAACACAGACUCCUCAGUGGCUGGUUCUGCCACAACAUCACUGGAAUCAAUGGAGCAAGAUCUUAUGCCCGUGGAAGGUCUAUCUCGAAGCUACAGUCGUCCAUCUAGCAUCAUUAGUGAUGACAGCGUUUUGUCCAAUGACUCUUUUGAAUUGCUUGAAUUAUCAGCUGGGAGACCAAACAGACAAAGAAUACGUAGUUGUGUUUCAGCUGAAAAUAUACUUUUUAUUAAGGAUUUUGAAGGACUUCCUAAAAGUCCUCGGCCGCAGAACCUGAAACGUUAUCGCAAUCGCUUUGCUGACAACAGUUUUUCUUUACUUACAGAUAUGGAUGACGUCACUCAGGUUUACAAAAAAGCUUUAGAGAUCUGCAACAAGCUCAAGUAGUUACUGAGCAUUGAAACUUUUAUGGCAAGAUGGUUGUUUUGCUGACAGUGAUAGUUUAGAAAGUCGGAUCCUAUAGGAACACACCCUGAGACAAUACCCUGAGCUGUAACUUAAAUAAAAUACUGGUUCACUUAGAAAAAUAUGGCCUAGCUGUGGGAGGAUUACAUAUAUGAUUACUUGUGUAGAAGGAAUUAUAAGACCAUUAUCCAUUGGCCUGUUUUGGCUGACUUUUAAUUUAGUUUUGAUGCGUUUUUUUGGGAAAAAAAUUAAUAGGGAUAUUUUAUCAAAUGAUUAUUAUUCCUUUAUUCAUUUUAUAGUUCCUACUGUACAUAUUCCACAGUGCUGUAGAGCAAUGUUUCUCAACUACAGUCCUCAGGUCCCACCUGCCGGGCAUGUUUUCAGGAUUUCCUUAGUGAUAUAAUUGAUGUCAAUGCAUCAGGACUCACCACCGGUAAUUAAGUGGGAUAUUCUCAAAUCAUGCCUGACAGGUGGGCCCUGAGGACUGGUGUUGAGGAACACGGCUGUAGAGGGAUUGUGAUCACCUGUAUCGGUCCCUGCCUCGAUGGGAGUCAACUAGCUAAAUUCAGAAUUAACCUAUCCGUAUAUUUUUGUAGUGUGGAAGGAAACUGGAGUACCUAGCGGAAACCAACACAACCAUGGGGGCACAUUAAAACGUUAUACAGAUGUUGCCUAUGGUCAGAUUUGAAUCCAGGACACCAGUGCACAAGGUAACUGUGCUAGACAUUUAACCACCGCACUGCCUGGAUCAAAUGUAUAACUUAUGGGAUUAAAGAACAAACAGAAAAUGUAGUGACAGGUGGCUGAACAUUUUUGGGUGUUCCCUGCUUUAUGUUUUUUUAGGAUUUCAAACACAUUUGCAAAUUCAUGCCAAACAUAAUUUAAGAACGCCUAGCUAGAAAUGAAAGGGCCGCUCUCUUUGCUUAAGUUGUAUCUAAGACACACUUCCAGAUGUCUUUCACAUGAAGAACCCAUUACAACCAUUUUUGUUGGCAAAUACUCAGUGGACCUCAGUGCGGAUUUCUUUACUCUCACUGUCAGCAAACAGAAGAUGUGAAAUAUUCAUGGGUUCAGCGUAUGAUAUGUGACCUUGGAUCAGUUCGUUUAUAAAAUGUUGAUGGAAGUGGCUCAUGGCAAGUAGAAAGACUGCCUAUGUGGAAUGUCAAUGGGAUGUGGAAUUCAGUGGGAAUGAAAUAGCAAGUAGAAAGCAUAUGGAGGGUAAUGGAGGACAGAGGAUUUAAUUGAAUUGUUGUGGAUCUAUUAAAGGUAUCAGUUCCUAGAACGUGAUAGAAGUAACUUCUGCCAUAAAUGUGUAAAGUGGUCAACUGGAUUUCUUGAAAACAUGCACAUUGGGUAUGUGACAGGCCUGGGCAAACUAUAUGCGGAAACCUGUAUUGCACAUACUAAUAAGGUUUGUUUGUGUAGAGUAGACAUAAAGUAUAGUAAUUUGAGGUUUGUAUAUUGUAGGCAAAAGCUUUUUUUCUGGUCAGUUCACGGAACUUUUCACAUUAGUGCCAUGGCUUUUGCUUUGACGGCUUUGUACUGAUACAAAGAAAACUUGGUGAGGCCAGCGCUGCAGGCCUCACUAUUACCAUCAAAAGGGAAAAGAAAACCAAUGAAAGAGAGACUGUGACACGUGACACAUCAGUUGUGAUUAGACAUUUUGUGCAGAGAAAGCAUCAAUCAUGUUGAAUAUACCUAAAAAUCUUUGGGCAAUUUUGAUGGACUUUUUGUGCAGGGAGAUCAUCAAUCAUGUUAAAUAUACCUGUAAAUCUUGUGGCAAUUACAUUUUCCAUUCAUAUUGACACAUUUAAUGGUCCUAUGACAUUUGAUGCCUCAUGUCAUCAUAUGAUUAGCCUAGACAAAAAGCAGGAGAAAUGCUAGCACAGGCUUCCAGUAUCCGUAGUUUCAGGCGCUGCACAGCAUAUGCUGUGAAGAUACGAGAUGUGCAGCUCCUGAAACUACGGAUAUUAAGGUGUAUCCAUAUAAAUGGCCCACCCUGUAUACUAUGUAUGGAUGGGCUUGUCCCAUUACAAUAGUAAAUCUAACAACUGACAUCCUUUAUUUUAUUGGUGAGUGAAGAGGCCAGGGACAACUUUUUAUGGUCAGCAGAUAACUAGUUCCAUAACUAUGGUGAUUGGUUUUACAUGGCAGAUGUUUUAGAAACCUGGUAAUAUGAAAUAUAGUAAUGGAUCUUCUCAUAGUCAUGUUUAAGAAUGAUUAAGUAUUUUCUAAUUAAGAUAUUUCUUUUGUAUUCUGUGCAUGUUGUGCCCUUUCACUGUGUUUCUUGCUGUUCAGUCAUCUGGGCAUGCUUAUGGUAUUUAUUAUGUUGGCUAUUUUGUAUAGUUUAUGUCAUUCUUGUGUUUGUCGGCAUAAAAUAAAACUGAAGCAAUAUAUUGUACUUUAAAGAGUUGUCUGAUGAAGAUCCUUACCAGGGGAUAUGAACAUGUUAGGGGUUCCCCUGGUCAGAACCCUAGACCAGCUAGACCAGAGAGCUGCUCACAAAGAGUCUCCCUCUGAUGAAUUAAGCAUGUCCAUGCAGUGUAUGGUCAUCCUUGCAUUUGAAUGGAUGCCAUGCAAUGCUAUAUUUCUGUGCAGCCUCCCUGGGGCUAAAAGCCGACCACUGGCCAACUUGUGUAAAAAAAAGAAGGUUGUCAUCAUGAGAGAACUCUUUAAUAUGGCAUAAUUUUAGAUUUAUUAUACAGUACUACUAUAUAUAAAACUGCACUAGUUUGGGAUGACUAUUGUAGUUAUUGUUGAUGGACAUUGAAACAACAAUGUAAUAGUUUAUUCAUAGAUAUAGGUUUUGUUUGCAUAGAUAUCUAUAAUUUUUAAGAAUUAAUAUGCGAAUACUAUUUUCUUUAUGCUGUUAUCAUUCUCUAGGGGUUUAUAUAUAGAAUACGCGGGGAAGAACUAUACAGCAUAUAUACAGUAUAUGCAGCUAGAGGCCAUAUUUCCCAGAUGAAUGUAUUCUGAAAAGUGCAUGCUACCAAAGAACUGGUACUCUGUAGAGACUGUGUUUGCCCAGGCCUUUUGUUUUUUGUAAGUAGACAUUAAAUAUCAAUCAUGUAAAAGAACAGCGACUAAGUGAGUAUUGCCAAACUGGAAAGUUAUUUAGGGACUUACUGGCAUGUUUUCAUUCCUAGAAGACAAAAAAAACUUGACUGCACAUUGUUACUAGUAUUUGUUAUUUUAUUUAAUAUUUUUGUAAUGGAAUUGUGAUUUGUAUUUGACUCUGCCUUUUAUUUAUUGCUCUUAAAUCAUUUUCAAAAGUAUAAUAUAUUUGGUGUAAUUUAAUUGGUGCAACUUUAUGCCAGUUUUUUGGGUUUAUUAAUUAAAGCCGAGUUUGUACACAAGGAUGUGUUGCCUAGGAAGUGUUAACCGCAUAAAUGUUGGAAUUUUUAUUGGAUUUUUGUAUUGAAUAAAUUACCGUGAUUACUGUU